GCCCAUAACUAGUUGGUUAAUUAAAAGGAUAAAUAAAGAAAUCGAUUGUGUAUAUAUAUGUAUAUAUAUAUUUUUUUUCAAGAGCUCCCCUUGGGACGAUGAUGUAAAUCUGGAGCCCUGGAGCAAAUCUACCAUAAAAGAAUUUGAUCUCGCAUUUGAUAUCAACUUCAUUUCAAGUUUGAUUCUAAGAGUUCGAUACUUUUUUGAGAUCUGAUUUGCGCUUCAGAUGAGUUUGAUUUGAUCAUUCAAAUUUCUUGUGUUUUGGGUGUAUGAUUCGUGAAGUCAUUUGUUAGUUUAAUCAUCUGGACUUGAUCAUCCUCUUAACUUCAAUUUCUCAGGGAUCCAUGACAGAUGAAUCCUGAAGGAGGACCGAGCUCGUCGGGGGUUGCUGGAACUACUGAUUCUUCUGCUGCUCCCAAGCGGAAUUCCAAGAAACCUAAAUAUUCUAGGUUUUCUCAGCAAGAGCUUCCUGCCUGCAAACCAAUUCUGACGCCAGGAUGGGUCAUUACAGCAUUCAUUUUUAUUGGCGUAGUCUUCAUCCCCAUUGGACUUGCUUCGUUGUUUGCAUCAGAGCGUGUUGUAGAAGUUGUUGACCGUUAUGACAGAGACUGUGUUCCUGCAAAUUAUAGCAACAAUAUGCUUGCUUAUAUACAAAGCGCUGAGACUAAUAAGACUUGCACUAGGAGUUUGAUUGUUCCAAAGCGAAUGAAAAGUCCUAUUUAUAUAUAUUAUCAACUUGACAACUACUAUCAGAACCAUCGCCGAUAUGUUAAGAGUAGAAGCGACAAACAAUUGCGGACCAGCGCAGGUAGAUCUGUCGUAUCCGACUGUCAACCUGAAGCGUACACUGCAAAUAAAUCUAUAAUUGUUCCUUGUGGCCUCAUCGCAUGGAGUUUGUUCAAUGACACAUAUGGAUUUUCAGUAAAUAACAAGGUGCUACAGGUCAACAAAAAGAACAUAGCAUGGAAAAGUGAUCAAGAGCAUAAGUUUGGGGCUGAUGUCUAUCCUGAAAAUUUCCAAAGCGGGGCUUUGAUUGGUGGUGCUAAGCUUAAUGAGAGCAUACCUCUGAGUCAACAAGAAGACCUAAUUGUUUGGAUGAGAACUGCUGCACUGCCUAGUUUCAGAAAACUUUAUGGGAAGAUAGAGGUGGAUCUUGAACUUAAUGACAAGAUCACAGUUUUAAUUGAGAACAAUUAUAAUACCUACAGUUUUGGUGGCAAGAAGAAGCUGGUUCUUUCUACCGCAAGCUGGCUUGGUGGAAGAAAUGAUUUCCUAGGAGUAGCGUAUCUUACUGUUGGUGGCCUGUGUUUGUUCCUGGCAAUAAGCUUUAUAUUUUUAUAUGUGAUCAAGCCGAGGCCUCUUGGGGAUCCAUCCUAUCUGUCGUGGAACAGAAAUCCUGCAGGACAGAUUAACUAGGAUUUCAUGUUGCACCAACACGCCAUGCUGAAAUUUCCUUGAACAAUUUCUUUCAGUCAAGCAUUAACAAGGUUGAGGCUUCCAACUCAAGUGUAUAUAGAGCAGUGCAUUUAUAAAUUUCAUGAUUUUUUUUGGAGGGAUAUUUUGUUUCUUGCAAUGCUGGGGGUAUAAUUAAACUCAUUCCUGCAUAUGGAUUUCAUUAUGUUUAAUCUGUGGAAGAUAUCAAGACAACAUUUUUGGGUAUAUAUAAUUAAUUAUUUUCUUAUUUUUCUGAAA